AUGCAGGCAUCGGUCAGGAAGCGGCAGAACUCGGCUCUGCAUGCGGCAGCCUUUAUGUCCAGGCCUGGGCCCAGAAAGGGGGAGUCGGUUGUCCUGAAACCUCAGUUCCACUAUGACCUCUGGCUCAGCUUUACCCUCCACAACUGGGUCCUAGAUGUAGGCAGGCCCAUUGCCAAGCUCCUGCUCCCAGCGCAGUGGUUUCCUGUGAACAGGCCCUGUGCUGAAGACUACCUUCAUAUGGUUUACAACAUCAUCACGCCAUAUUUACUGCUCAAGUUGAAUGAGCGCAGCCCCAAUGCCCUGCCCUGUCCAGCCGUCUACCUCUGCAUCAUCACCUUUGUAAUGGGAGCCAGCAUCCACCUGGUGGGAAACUCCAUCAAUCAGCGGCUCCUACUGAUUGGCCACCAGUUCCAUCUGUCCAUCAGAGAAAAUCCAGUGCUCAAGAACCUCAAACCUGCCUCUCUGAUUGACUCAUUUGAACUCCUGCACUACUAUGAGAAGACCCUCGGCCAUUCCAUGUGGAACGUUCCUUUCUUCCUCAUCCUGUUCCUCUAUUUCAGCGGCUGUUUCACCCAUCUGACGGAGGAAAGGAUGCCCCAGACAGCUUGGCUCCUCCUGGUUCCCAGUGCUGUCUACUAUUGGUACCUGAUCACAGAGGGGCAGAUUUUCAUCCUCUUCGUCUUCACCUUCUUUGCCAUGGCAGCCACUGUGCUGCAUCAGCGGAGGAAGGGCCUGGUUCCUGAUGGCAACGGCCUCUUCCUGCUCUACAGUUUUUCAGUGGCUCUGGGCCUGGUGGUGAUCUGGGUGGUUUGCCUGUGGAAUGACAGCAUUUUGAGAAGGAAGUACCCUGGGGUCAUCUACGUGCCUGAGCCCUGGGCCUUCUACACCCUCCACCUAUGCUAA